AUGCCCACAUAUUCUGUCGAGAAAAUAUUUGCGAGGUUGAAAAGCCGUCUUCAUUGCUUCGCAAACGACACCAAGAGUUUGAGGAAAUUUAUAACUUCAGGGGGGAAAGCGACGUGGUCCUUCUUUUCCGGGCUACAGUAUGCUGUGCAAACAACCCAGCGCGACGAAGAUGACCUAGUAUCGGAACGGCUCAGCCUUUGGUUGAAUACUUGGUGGCAAGCUGGUGCGUUUUCGUCCUCAGCCACGGCGUGGAACCCUUACGACAUCCCUCCACAGAUAAUCUUUGAUGACACCACUGCCGGUGGAUUUUGGUUGAUUCCGGCGAAUGCAACCUUCUCCACCAAGUUCCCUGUCUACCAAAAGAACACCGCUUGGAUCAUCACACAACUCUUCGCCUCCACCGUAUUACUCCUUCUGGGCAUCCUGAACAUCGCCAUCUACUUGACAACACUGGCACCAGACUAUUUCACAUACAUCUCAGCCUUCACACGCGACAACCCAUACGUCAAAGUUCCUGAAGGCGGCAGCGGCCUCGACGGCUCUGAGCGUAGCCGGCUUCUGCGGAAGAUGAAAGUGCAGAUUGCGGAUGCGAAGCCGGAAAGCGAUGUUGGCUACGUGGUACUCAAAAGUGUUGAGGAUGAAGCGGAGUUCGCGAGUGGGCAACUACGUAAAGGCAGGCUGUACGAGUGA